GGGGGGGCUGCAGUGUCAGGGGCUCACAAGAACUUCUUUCCCAAGCUGAUGUGUCUGUGACUUCACUGGGAGGAGCUCAGUUAGAGGAAGAGUUUGUCACACACACACAGACACACAGACACACACACCCGCUGUAUUGUACACACUCACACACACACUGACCCUGCUGGGCUGGGAAAGUAACUGCUCAUCACACUGUGGGAUUCCUCUGCUCAAUCUGGGAAGAGAGCACAGCAAACAGGAGACCAGGGAGCUUACAGGAGAUUGGGGAGUUUACAGGAGACAGGAUCUUACAGGAGACCAGGGAGUGUACAGGAGAUUGGAGAGUUUACAGGAGACAGGAGCUUAUAGGAGACCGGGGAGCUUACAAGACACUGGGGAGUUUACAGGAGACCGGGGAGCUUAUAGAGGACUGGGGAGUUUACAGGAGAGCGGGGAGCUUAUAGAGGACUGGGGAGUUUACAGGAUACAGGGGAGCUUACAGGAUCCUGCUGGCUGGGCAGAUGGAAAGAUAUAAAGGACUGGAGCGGCUGCUGUCGGAGCUGGAGGAAUUCUUGUUCAUUCUGGAUAAGGAAAAUCUCAGCAGCGCCGCCGUCCUGAAGAAAUCGAUUGUGUCUGAGAUCCUCCAGCUCUUUAUAAAGAGUAACAGCAGCUGUGACGAGGAAUACAUCUAUAUGAACAAAGUGCUGGAGACAGACAAGAAGGAGGCUCAGGGGAAACAGGGGAAAGCCCAAGUGUUGGACCCCCCAGCCAAGGAGACGCUGACCAAUGGGACGGCCGGACAGCAUUUAGCACCCCCACAGAAAAGCCUCCCAGACCUGCCACCACCCAAAAUAAUUACAGAAAAGUUACCAGUCUCUAAAUGUGACUCCCCAGAGGGUUACUACGAGGAGGCAGAGCCAUACAACGCCUCCUUUAAUGACGACGGGGAAGCCGUGAGCAGCUCGUAUGAAUCUUAUGAUGAAGACGAGAGUAACAAGAGCAAGAGCGCAAUGCAGCAGCACCAAUGGCCGUCCACAGAAGCCUCCAUUGAGCUGAUGAAAGAUGCGAUGAUCUGCGCCUUCCUGUGGCGCAAGAAAUGGCUCGGCCAAUGGGCCAAACAGCUCUGCGUCGUUAAGGACUCGCGGCUGAUGUGCUAUAAAACCUCCAAGGAUCACAACCCGCAGCUGGACGUGAAUCUGAUUGGCUGCAGUGUGUCGUACAAGGAGAAGCAGGUCAGGAGGAAGGAGCACAAGCUGAAAAUCACCCCAAACAACACCGACGUCAUUGUACUGGGGAUGCAAAGCAAAGAGCAGGCGGAGCAGUGGCUAAAGGUGAUACAAGAUAUCAGUGGUCUCCAGUCAGACCCCCUGUGUGACAGCUCUGUGAUUACUGUAGAUGGGCAGAGACAGAUCCAUCCCAAGGCAGAGGGGACAGACAGACACUCGGGAGCCUCUGAGAGUGGGAGCAGCACCGAUGGGCACCCUGAGACCCCCGAGGUUAAGGAAGUCAAGAAGAAAGUAACAUCAGGAUUGAAGCUGAGUAACCUCAUGAACCUGGGGAGGAAGAAGUCCACUUCCAUGGAGAGUCCAGAUAAGGCCUUGGAAACCUCCAAUUACCUGAACGUGCUCAUCAACAGCCAAUGGAAAUCUCGCUACUGCUGCAUCAAGGAUGGACAGCUGCAUUUCUACCAAGACAGAAACAAGACAAAAAACGCAGCUCAGCCGGUGUCUCUGAUUGGUUGUGACAUCAUCCCGCAGCCCACCCAGGACCACCUCUAUUCCUUCCGCAUCCUGCAAAAUGGGGAGGAGCUGGCCACCUUAGAGGCAAAAUCAUCGGAGGAUAUGGGCCACUGGCUGGGGCUUCUCCUGUUAGAGUCUGGCUCCAGAUCCGACCCGGAGGAUUUCACUUACGAUUAUGUGGAUGCCGAUCGGGUUUCCUGCAUUGUCAGCGCUGCCAAGAACUCCUACUUCUUAAUGCAGAGGAAAUACUGUGAGCCCAACACUUACAUUGACGCCCCACGCGGGCAGAGGUACCAGCAGGACGACCUGUAUGAUGACGUUGACAUGUCCGAUAUUCAGGGUGAUGAGCCCAAGUCAGAAGAGAAAGGUGAGGCAGAAGACAAGACGUAUCUGGAUUUAAUUCCCACGAGAUCCUUCCUACACUCUGUGGGGAUCAAGUCUCUUUGCCAGGCCUUGGGGUCCCCGGGGCCCGAGAGAGUCAGUGGCAAGAAAGAUAAUGAGGAGAGUGAGCGAGGGACGUUAUCCUGCAGGGAACAAGAUUCUUCUGGGCAGGCGACUAAACAGGUCAUAGAAGACCCCCCACAGCAAACUUCCCCCGGUACCCCAAUAAUAGGACCGUCAGUGAGUGCCAGUCCCAGGCUGGAGAAGAGCAACAAGGAGAGAGUGAAGGCGACUAAUCACGUGGCCAUAGAGACUUUGCUGGGGAAGAACCGGACAGAGGCAGAGAUAAAGCGUUUCACAGAAGAGAAGGAGAAGUUGGAGAAAGAGAGAGAAGAGAUCCGGGUUCAGCUGGCGCAGCUACGCAAGGAACGUCGGGAGAUGAAGGAAACGGUCACUAACUGUCCAGAUAAAGGUCUCCUGACUGACCUCGAGGACAAACUGAGACUGAAAGAGGAGCAGUGUAAAGAGAAAGAGAGUUACCGUGUGGACCUGGAGCUGAAACUUGUGGAGGUGAAGGAGAAUCUCAGGAAAGCCGAGUUGGGUCCGGCAACAUUAGGGACCAGUGUAGAACCUGCACACCUGGACACCACUGCCCCAAGUAUAAAGUCCUGCAGUCCGACACAUGCUCCAGAAUGCUCCCCCGUAACAGCAACCGUCGGCUCCCCGGUGAAUUCAGCCGUGGCCCUAAAAAGCAGACCCCAGCCAAUCGUGACCACUGGAAAGGUCCUGCAGAAGGCCAAGGAGUGGGAGAAGAAAGGCGCAAGUUAGGAGACCAAAGAACUUCUUCGUGGACUGAGUCAUGUGGACUUAUUGGACAGUGGCUCCAAAAAGCUUUAAUAUUGAGAUGACACCAAGACUCAUCACAGGAGGAGUGACCAAGAGGAGUCUUCUGAGCAGCCUGAACUUGUGCCAACUGUCUCCCCCACCCUCUGAGGGUGACCAUUUGCUGCCAUGAGUGUAGCAAAUCCACCCCAGAUAUACCACAAUGGCGUAUGCUAACUUGCACCAUCCUCCGUGACCACUAACUUGCCUGGCGACUUGCACAUUCCAGUAGGGUUCUCAAGUGGGUCCCCCUACCUGUGAUUCGAUCUUGAAAUGGACUCAAACCUAUCUGAUUGGGUUGCACAGCUUCCACGUGUAAUAUAGGUUAGGGAUUAGCACCCAGGGGAGGGGACGCAUUCUCCACCAAAUGCAGGACACGACUGUAUCUCAAUAGACUUAAGACUCCUCUUCCCUGGAGUUUUGUCAUAUGAGCUAGAACUUAAAGGUGCAGUCCUUAUUUCCCCUUAUUGUUACUGGAGGAAACAUGGGGUCCCCCUGUGAGAUCCCAGAUAUUUAUUAACUGUGAAACGAUGUGCCUGCCGGAGGUCUAAUCCCUUUGUGUGAUGGAAUUUGCCUUUUAUCUUCGUGGCAUUUGGUGUUACCCGUGGCACCCGGACCCAGGGCGGGAAACCACAAGUGAUACCAGGAAGUCCGAGUUGUGGGAAAGAUGUUUUUAAUGAAUUGUGAUCACAUGUCUGUACAUAAAUACCUAUAUAUGUAUAUAUAAACAAUGAAUAUAUUUAAAAAAAAGAAAAGAAAAAAAGAAUUAUCUUUAAAA